AUGUCGCUCCUCUCAAUUUAUAAAACCAACGCCUGCCAGGUGUGUGGAGAUCAAAGCUCUGGCAAACAUUAUGGAGUCUCCUGCUGCGAUGGCUGCUCCUGUUUCUUCAAGCGCAGCGUUCGCAAGGGCAAUCACUACGCCUGCAUUGCCAUCAAAGGCAACUGUGUGGUGGACAAGGCGCGUCGCAAUUGGUGUCCCUAUUGUCGCUUCAAGCGAUGCCUUGCUGUGGGCAUGAAUGUCGCUGCCGUGCAGGAGGAACGUGGUCCACGUAGUCAACAGGCGCACAAUCAUCAUCAUCCGCAGCAUCAACCCCAGCUGCAGCUUGUCUCGCCACCUUCUCCGGGUGGUCAAGCGUUGCACUUUCAAAUACUCGCCCAGAUUUUGGUCACCUGUCUGCGUCAGGCGAAGCUCAACGAACAGUUCCGGCUCCUGGCUCGUGAGCAACAGGAUGUCAUCUUGCAGGUGGUCUGGAGUGAGUGCUUCAUACUGCGUGCCUCACAUUGGUCGCUGGACAUAAGUGCAAUGAUCGAAGGCUGUGGCGAUUCGCAGCUCAAGUUGCUGCUCUCAGAGGCGCAGCAGCUGCGCGCUGAUGUCAUGGAACUCAAUUUUCUGGAGACGCUCAUCCUCAGUCGCAAAGAACUCGCCUUGAAUGCGGAUUAUGCGCUAAUCCUAGAGACUCAUGCUAAUGGCGCUCUUUGUGCCUUGGCUCGAUAUACUCUGCAUCGCUCGCAUUGGCUGCGUUUUGGCCAAUUGCUGUUGGGGCUGCGUCAACUUGGUCUGCGGCGUUACGACUGUGCGUUGUCUUGUAUGUUUCGCAAUGUUGUGAGUGAUAUUCUGAAAACGCUCUGA